GGCUCUGGUGGGUACAGUCAGCCCACUGCACACCUCCAGGCCUGCUUCAAGCAAUUCCCCCCAUCCUGUCCCUGAAGGCCCUGGGAAAAGUCCCUGUGCAGCCUUCAGGUGGUCCUCUCCUGGUGGCUACUGGGGGGCUGCUGGCAUGUGUCCCCUCUGUUCUAUAAGUUGUAAAGACCAGAAAUUCUGGUUGGAAGUUCUGGCCCAAUUAACAGCUGGAGCUACAGGUGCCCACCAGCGAUGGGAACUGGUGACCUUUGUGAAGGACUUCUGUGCCUUUUCUGUCAUGUUCCACCAGAACAGAAAGGCAUUUUUACAAAGCUUGGCCAAGCUGGGAAUUCUUCCUGCUCUUGAAAUUCUACUGGGAAUGGAUGAUCUGCAAGUGGCAUCUGCUGCCACAGAGAUCUUGUCUUGUUUUGUCGACUUCUGUCCAUUCCUGGUCCACGAGUUUCUCAUGCAAGAGGCCCAGCAGAGGGACCACGGUACCGACCUCAUCCGUGUGCUCAUGAAGCAGCUGUUCCACCAUCCUGCUGCUGCAGUAGGAGGAGCUGAUCAGGUCGUGGAGCUGUUGCAGACUCUGCUCGAUCCCAGGAAUCUGCUGGCUACAGCUGAUGUAUCCAAAAUAAUUGGAUUUUUCAACUCUUUCUACACCCGCUGCCUUCCUGUUCUGACUGCGCCGCUUCUGGCCAACGCAGCCAAAGAUGAUUAUCAAACAGCACAACUCCUGGCCUUGAUUUUGGAGCUGCUGACCUUUUGUGUGACGCGGCACAAGGAGCACAUGAGGGCUUACAUCUUCCACUGGGAUUUGCUAAGACGAGUCCUCCUCUUGAUCAAUUCCAAACACACCUUUCUGGCCUUGCGGGCUCUGCACUUCCUGAGGAAGAUCAUUGGCCUGAAGGAUGAGCUGUAUUCCUGUUACAUCAUCCAGGGAAAGCUCAUGGCACCCCUUGUGCAGGCUCUGCUGCAGAGUGGAGCUACGUCCAACCUGCUCCACUGGGCUGUGCUGGAGCUGUUUGAAUUCCUCCGACUGGAAGAUUGUAAGUCCCUGGUUGCCCAUGUCAUCGAGAGCUUCUAUCCUGCACUGCAGUCCAUCAGCUACGUGCAGACAUUCCAGGGACUGAAGAGGAAAUACGAGAGAGACAAGCACCGACAAAAGCAGAGCGUGCACAGGGUCCCAUCCCUCUCAGGCAGAGGUGCAAGAGCCUCAGGGCAGGAAGGCCAAUUGAACAUCGGGGCAGACCAAGGGGGCGCAGCUCAGACAGCACCAACGAGCUCCACGGGCUCCCCUUCCAACAAGGCGACCCCGCGCCCGCAGCUGACGGCCCCCAAGAGACGUCAGCCAGCAGAAUCUACCAGUGAUCAAGAGGAGGAGAUAAUCCCAAAGAAAAGGCUGCAUCUGGCCUAAGGAAGGGAAGUGCAUUUUGCGUUUUAGAGGAUAGGAACAGUUAGAUGUUUUGUAGUAGUAGUUUGUAUUAGGUUUAGCUUCCGUUUGUUAACAGAUUUACUGAUAGACAAGUUGGUAGAGUUAGGUCAAGAAGAAGUUUCCUUUCUGUUCAAGUUCCCAAUAAAAUUUAUUGUUCUCAUUUGAAAAUAGGUGUUAAGAUUAAUAGAUUAAGGCUGAGCUGUAACAUUCGGGAACUGACAUUGGACUCUGUAAUUGUAGAAGAUGUAUUAUUGAUAA